UGCAGACCAAGAGCUAAGCUAAGUUAGUUUAGCUUAGCUCGCAUAGCUGACGCAGUUUUCCAUACUUGUGUGCAGACCGCAAACUAUGUGAACUAAGCUAUGUGAGCUAACUAAAAUAUGCGAAGCUAUGUUAGUUGUGUAUGCCGAUGCGCAGCUACGCGAGCUAAGCUAUGUCCCUCCCGCCUUCCCCGCACGCCCUUCGCACAUCCUUCGCCAGUGCUGUCCAGUGUCCUUUGUCGUACGCACGGUCGUUUCGUAGCGAAUAUGGAGCAAUUUAUCGAAGUUGUUAAACAAUUUCCUGUGUUAUGGAACACACAGUUAAAGGACUAUCACAAUUUAAUUAAAAAGGAUGUUGUAUGGAAACAAAUAGUGGAGGAAAUAAGUAAUCCAGACAUACCAGACGUGAAAACUGCGAAGAAUGAGUGGAAAAAAUUACGAGAUAGUCAUCGAGAGUCACUCAAAAGGAUGAAAGCCAGUACAAGUGGUCAGGCUGCUUCUCCGGCAAAUAACUGGAAAUAUGCCGAGUUACUCGAAUUUCUUUUACCCCACAUGAAAAACCGUAAGAGAACUGGUAACGUAUCAAUUAAUGAUAAAAAUACUUUGGCCAGUACAUCAACUCAAAGUCAAAAUACUUUGCCCGGUACUUCGAUCGAAAGUCAAAAUACAUUGCCCAGUACAUCAACCGAAAGUCAAAGUACUGAGAUUUUCGAAGAAAUUCCGAAUGAUGAUGAUGAAAAUACUUCCGAACCACCAAGGAUAAAAAAAAGAAAAGUUGCCGAUGACGCAUCAUUAAACGACUUACUUCAGAAAGUCGAUAACGAUUUUAUGAAGCGAUGUGAGCAAAGAGAGCAACGGAAGGCUGAGGAGGCAAAAGAGGCGGAGAAACACAGACAUCCGUUAAAUUUAUUUUUUGACAGUAUGUGCGAGUCAACUAAAAAGCUUCCCGAUUAG